AUGAAGACGGCCAAACCUCCUGUGUCUGAGAACGGCGGCAGUAGUCGCAGAGCGCAGCCCCUCCGUCAGACGCGCAUGGUCAAUCGCGGCAACUCCUCGUCGUCGCUCAUCGCAAAUGCUCCAGCACAGCCCAUCGACAUUUUCCCCGGCCUCAACCACUUUACCGAUGCCAUCAGCGCCCUUCCCAAGGAGAUAGUCCGUCACUUCACCCUUUUGAAAGAGGUCGACGCCAAAAUCUUCAACAACGAGGACAAGCUCUUCGAUAACAUCCGCCGUGCUCUCGACACCCCGCCUCCGGUCGACCCAUUCCCGUCCUCCAAUGAUGCGCACAAUAAUCACAUUCCCACGUCGGCGCCCAUGAGCGCUCAGAACAGCAGCAGCGGAGUGCCACCCUAUGCGUCCGCCUCCACGAUACCUUCUGCCACUAGCCCUCUCAAUCCCGCGAGCGAGGCGCGCCGUCGGAUAUUCAAAGAAACAAACCUCAAGGUUCAAGAGAUGAUGGUGGCUUUGGAGGAGAAAAACCACGUUCUUUUGACUGCCAAUGAUGCCCUCGAAAAGCAAAUGAAACGAAUUGAAUCCGUGUGGCCAAAUCUCGAGAGCGAAUUCAGCGAGGAGGCCAAAUGGGGCAGCGCUAACCAUUGGGCCUACGACGAUGUUCGAAAAGCACAACAGCAGGCCAAGUCCAAUGACAAGGCUGAGCGAUCACGCCGGGAAGGGGCUGCUGCUCUGUCAGCUGCUGCCCAACAUGUGAACGCUGAGGAGGCGGCGGCUCGGAGCAACGACCGAAAACAAGCAGUCGCCGCCAAGAAGAACGCGAAGGGACAAGCAGGUGAAGGCGAUGCGGACAAGACGAGUGAGCCAGCCAAGAAGACACAGGGGCCCAAAUCUCGCAAAGCGCCUGCGGAGGCGGCGACUCCUGUCGGCCUCGGUAUCACCACGGGCGCGCCGGCUGGCUCUGCUCCGGCCAAAAGACGCAAAGUUGAGACUGCUAAGGCAAACGGGGGAGCUCCUAUGGAGCGCGCCAUGAGCUCGGUGUUUGGUAAUAGCACCGUGAAGCCAAAGACGACCAGCCCCCGAGAGACUCCCGUGCCUGAAAGCGGUCCUAAGAAGCGCAAGGCGCUCCCAACAUCGAGUGGGCAGGCAAAGAAAAGAACGAAUAAUGCUGCCGCUAUGUCCCCGUCCAUGGCCUCGUCGCCUGUCAUCGCAGCAUUCCCUGAUACAAUGAAAGGCAGCCGAGCCUCACCGAUCCCGACAGCCAUUGUUCCUCCCAGGCCAGCGUCUUCUCGUGCCCGUCAGAACUCUACACAACUAAAUCCCGAAGUUGUGAGGCAAAGAGCUGCUUCGGUAGCGUCCAAGCCAAAUGGAAAUGCUCGGGAUACGCCAAAUCUCAGCCAGUUUGGCGAAGGACCCAAAAUAGACAUGGAAACAAAAGUACAGAAGGAGACACCCAUACCUGCUCCUACCCCCAAGUUGGAGCCGCUAAGGACAGAGACCGAGAUUCCGCCACCAGUACUGGAACCCCUGCACAACGGCAAUAACAGAAAAGAAGCCAUCACAAAGGCACCGGUAAUAGCAGCGGCCACAGUAGCACCCUCCGAAGAGAAGCCUGAACUAAAGAAAGAAAAGGAGAAGGAAGUGGUAGCUUCGCCCGCCAUUCAGCCGACCCCUAUAAGUACUGUCAAGACCAAGAGCGGGCGCGCAAGCAAGCCUUCCACCCCGUCUCUAGGCACCUUUGCCGAGGCAACCUCGAUAGUCUCUGCAGCCCUAACAGAAAAGCAGACGGCGGCGUCCCGCUCCCGACCAUCUAGAAAUACCUCGGAAGCAGCGAGCGCAACAGAUAAGGACAAGAACAACGGGAGCAGCAUAUCCGCGAGCACAACGACGACCUCCAAGCGGAGCCAUAAGAAGGGUGCUUCCAUCUCUGCUGCAGCGGCAGCUCUUGCCCAGGCAUCAUCCGGUCCCAAUUCUGCCAAGGCUUCAUCCAACGGCAGCAGUAUCACAAGUGAAGACAACAUCAAAGGCAGCAGGGGAACUGCUCAACAUCAGCAACCUCCGCAGAGUACUCAAGAAGACGAUGAUGAGGACGAACCAGAUGGGGACGAGCCAAGGUACUGCAAGUGCAACGGCGUUAGUUAUGGCGAAAUGGUGGGCUGUGACGGGGUGGGCUGCCCGAGAGAGUGGUUUCAUCUAGAGUGCGUGGGGUUGAAAAUUGCACCCAAAGCCAAUGCAAAAUGGUAUUGCGACGAAUGCAAGGAGCGGUUGAAGAAGAGAUAAUCUUUUAGCUGAUACACCUGAAACUUAAGACGGCGGUAGAUAUAGUGCGGCGGCAAAUGCAUUGUAUGAUAUGGUAAUUUGGCAUGGCGAAAAGAACAAGUGGGAAUGUCCAAGUGGGACAGGGGUGGGUUGGUAGGAUAACUUGUGGUUUCUUUUCUUUCUACGACGGAUAUAUAAGCGAACCUAAUCGCGAGCGGCGUUUGAGGAGUUGACUCACUUCCUAUAUUAUUUUGGAAGAUGGGGUUAUAGAGCAUGAGGAUCGAAUGCAUCGAAGUUCCUGUGAACAUAACCAUCUUUCGUGUCUUUGUCUCGGGAUUUAUACAGGAAACUAAUCUUUUGCUCAGCAUGUGUCUACAUACUUUGCUAAGAUUCGCUACCUACAGUAAAGGACCAAUGUUUAAAGUGAAGCCGUACACCAGAAACAUGCUUGGUUACGAACCGGAUAUUAAACAAACCAUGAAUCAAGUUACAUUGUGAGGAGGAACCAGGCCGUAUACCUCCAAC